UGUUACCGGAAGUGAAGCAAUGUCAUACAUUAUAGGGAUCUUAGAUAAGUAACGAUAAGCUCCUGCGAUUUGGCCCAUAAGUUAAAAAUCAAUCAACUGGGCAGUGUUGAGUCUCCCGAAAUGUUCGUUUCCUUGCACCGACUCAGCAGACACCAGCCAUAAUGUUUCAGGGUCCUCAGAGUCUCACAGGCAAUUUGCUUAAUUCGUUUUGAUAAACCGGCCAUGAGUGUGCGUGAGAUGAGUUUUUAGGAGUUUAACAAUUAAAUAUGGAAAAGGCGGAGAAGUGACACCUGGCGACCAAGGUUUCGUAAAACGGACUAAAAGCUCUCUCCUGCCAAUAGGUCGUUCAGGUCAAGUUGUAAUUAGGUUCCUCUCUUGCACCGACUGAAUGGAGCUUAAGCUGGUUUGGACAUUAAUGGAUAACCGGAUGGCGAAAGAAGCAAGGGCACAAGAACCGUCCCGCAAGCUCAGUGCGUCCCACUGGCGUCUGGAAAACAUUGCACAGGAGUCUACAGACAGCUCUGACGACGAAUUCUUUGAUGCUCGGGAGAGUUUCUACAGGUUGCACCCUCGCUGUGCUCCCCAGAGUAGUGUGGAUGGCCUGGAGGAUGUGGAGAGGAAGUGCCGCACCCAUCUCCUGAUCCUGGUGGUCCACGGCGGACACAUCCUGGACUCUGGCGGCGACGCUGAUGGCAAGUCGGACGACACAGCCACCCUGGCCUCCGUCCUGGAGAGGCUGGCACAUGCCCACUUCCAGGCGGCUGCGGAUGGCAUGGUGGUGCGCCUGGUGCCCUGCCCGCCGGUGUGCUCCGAGGCCUUCACCCUGGUGUCCCAGUGAGUGCCCAGGU